CCCGGCGCCGGGCUGCAGCCGCCACGCCUCAGGAGAGGACAGACCGCCCAGACCGCCUGUCCCGGGGCUCCCUGGGCCACGCCAAUCCCGGGGAGCCCCCCGACUGCCUCCCAGAGCAAAGUGGGGAAGGGGAGCUUAGCCCGCAGCUGCCGCCUCCGAGCAGGCCGCCAGGACGCCAACUGCGGGAGAUGGGCGCCCGGCCCUCGCGGCGACAGCCACGGCUGCCAGCGGACCCACCCCUGGCCUUGGACGCGCUGCCCCCGGAGCUGCUGGUGCAGGUGCUGAGCCACGUGCCGCCACGCGCCUUGGUCAUGCAAUGCCGCCCAGUGUGCCGCGCCUGGCGCGACGUGGUGGACGGGCCCACCGUGUGGCUGCUGCAGCUGGCCCGCGACCGCAGCGCCGAGGGCCGCGCACUCUAUGCAGUGGUCCAGCGCUGCCUACCCAGCAACGAGGACGAGGAGGAGUUUCCGCUGUGCGCCCUGGCGCGCUACUGUCUGCGCGCGCCCUUCGGUCGCAACCUCAUCUUCAACUCCUGCGGAGAGCAGGGCUUCAAAGGCUGGGAGGUGGAGCACGGCGGGAACGGCUGGGCCAUAGAAAAGAACCUCACACUGGUGCCUGGGGCUCCUUCGCAGACCUGCUUCGUGACCUCUUUCGAAUGGUGCUUCAAGAGGCAGCUUGUGGACCUGGUGAUGGAGGGGGUGUGGCAGGAGCUGCUGGACAGCGCCCAGAUCGAGAUCUGUGUGGCUGACUGGUGGGGCGCCCGAGAGAACUGCGGCUGCGUCUAUCGGCUCCGAGUCCGCCUUCUGGACGUGUACGAAAAUGAAGUGGUCAAGUUCUCAGCCUCACCCAACCCGGUCCUUCAGUGGACUGAGAGGGGCUGCCGACAGGUCUCCCAUGUCUUCACCAACUUUGGCAAGGGCAUCCGAUACGUAUCUUUUGAGCAGUACGGGAGAGACACGCGUUCCUGGGUGGGGCACUAUGGUGCCCUUGUGACCCACUCCAGUGUGAGGGUCAGGAUCCGUCUGUCCUAGUGACCGGACUACUGUCUGCUGGACGUCAUCAGUCAAGACCAGCCUUGCAGCUGGGUGCGGUGGCUCACACCUGUGGAAUACCAGCACUUCAGGAGACCGAGGUGGGAGGAUCACUGGAGCCCAGGAGUUCAAGACCAGCUUGGGCAACAUAGUGAGACCCUAUCUCCACAAAUAAUUUUUUAAAAAUCAGCCAGGCAUGGUGGUGUCGCCUGCCAUCCCAGCUACUUGGGAGGCUUGGGUGGGAGGAUUGCCUGAGUCCAGGAGAUCAAGGCUGCAGUGAGCUGUGAUUUCACCACUGCACUCCAGCCUGGGCAAGAGAGUAAGACCCUAUAUCAAAAAAAAAAAAAAAAGCAGCCUUGUGGCCAGAAGCCAGAGGAUACCCAGAGACAGUAGGGGGUCACGUGUAGCUGGUUCUCAGCACACCUUCCAUGAACCCGCUUCCUGCUGCUUCAGCGUGGUAGCUGUCAUGCUAUGUGACAAAGCAGGCUGCUCACAGCUUCCCAGGACGGAGGUGUCAGGAAAGAGACAUUUAGUUCGUUUGCCUGCAGAUUGUCUCCUGCAAGGAUCAGGAUUUGUAAGAGAGGGGGAAAGCCACCGAUGCGGGGAGCAGAGACCUGCCAGCAUGUUUUUGGGGUAACGAUCACUGGCAGGAGCAGAGGUCAGGCGGGGCAGUCUGUCCUUGAGACCAACAGGGUCAUCUGCUGUUUGGGGUGGUCUCUGGGAUCCCACCAUGGCACUGUGUGACUGACCAUCUCUGUGCAACGUGGUCAGCACUGCCCAUCAGCAUCUCCUGUUUGGGCCAGGCUGGCGCCUCUCUCAUCAGAAUUCCGUCAGAGGCCAAGUCACCCACCCCCACCUCCUGCUUUGAGGGGCAGCUUCCUGCCAGAUAACACUUCCUUUUCUCCACACUCCUGUAUAGACUCCUGGAGCAAGGCGUGCCAUGAGGAAAAGCUCUCCCGUCCCCCCAUCUCCCUUUACGUCUCUAUUUCCCAGCUAGGCAUGGCCAACAAACUAGCUCAAUAAAACUGGUGCUAAAUACAA